AUGAGCUCAGCUAGUUCUGAUGAUGAAAAUUUAGAUAAUCUUAAAGAAGCCGUUGACCCACAGUUCUUUAAUGAUUCUCUGUAUAAGAAAAAAGGAAAUUUGGAUCAUCAUCUAACAGAACCUACGGGAACCAGCAAAACUAAUGCCCGGCCAUCAUUGAGGAAGCAGCAAGAUGACGAUGAACAAUUCAAUUUGUUUAGAGUUACUCCAGAAUUCCAAAAUUAUGUUGCAAAACAUUUAUCAAAGACUUUAGAAGAGGAAUUACAAAAAGUGUUGAAAAGUGUUAAAGACACUUGCCUCAAGAAAAAAGCUCGUAAAUCUGGUGGUAUUAAAUUGUUAAGUAACUCCGAAAAGUUCCUCAGAAUUGACAAAAGUUCCAGUGUGAAUAAUAGAAGUUUAGAAAGUGCCCAGUUAGUUAGGAAAAAAAUAUUGAAAAAGGUUGAAGACAUUGAUGAAGCUGAGUUAAAACGUGUCGUAGUAGAACCAGCAGAUAUCCUAAGUAAAAAAGAUACUAAAUGUUGGUCAACUCGCAGUAAAGCCCCUAUAUUCAACUACAAAAAAAACAGUGAAGGCAGUUUAGUUCUUAUUGAACCCUCAUUUAAGUGA